AUGCCAAUGAACUCAAAACAAGCUUUUUACGAUCGAUUCAUUGGCGGCGCAUCAAGCUUUCAAAGAGCUCUAAAGAUUGAUGGCUUUUAUAAUAUAUAUACUUGGUGUUUGAGUCAAACUGUAUCUGUACCAACAGGCUCACUUGUCACAUCAGUUGCCCAGAUGGUAGGAUCACAAAACGAAACGUCCAGAUUUCAAGUAAUGAUUAACGGCGAAGAUCCUCCUGCACCACAGGUAGUCGCAGCUUGCAUAGGCAGGAACUACAACAUAACAAAUGGAUCAAUCAAAGGAUACAAGACGCUCGAUGAUCUAUCACUGCCAUUCUUAAACAGAGAUACGUCUCAGGGUAAAUAUGGGCAAUCAGAAGUUCGGAAUGCACUCGAGAUGUGGAAUAGCGCUCGGGGAGGGCCCUCAGCGACAUGGAUGCAGUCAAAAAAUAAGACCGCCAACUCUCCGUCCAUAGGGGUCGUGAUAUUUGAUCAUUAUGAAGGAGGGUUAGGUGUGCAGAACAACCUUACUUCCAUCACUAAUAGACAGACUUGGUACCUUGUUCGUAUUUCCUCGUGUUCCUUGUUUGCUGGGUGGCAGGCGUCUAAACUCUACAUUGACCCCACAAGAGAUCGGUAUAUUCACUCACCUAGCACCACCAAUCCAACACAGAGUCUUGAUGAUUGGAUGCAAGAUUUUAACAAUACAACAAAAACCAUGCGUACAGUACAAAUAGAUGCCGAGUGGGCAAAUGUCGCCUUGCCACCGAACGAUAUAGUAUUGCCUCUGGCAUCCUCGUCAUUUGGCAUCAAUAACGAUAAUCCAUUGGGUAUGAUCGCGACAGCCUUUAUGUCAGAUGCAAUGUCAAGGAUUCCAUAUAUGAUGAACAUAGGUUUCAAAGUCUUGAUUCCUACAGUGGCACCGAACCACAACUUUACUAAUUUAUCCAAUGUUCCCAAAGACGUCACAGAUAUCCACAUCAAGCGCUUCCGUUAUGGCUACAGUUACUCUCUUCAAGGCUCCACGAGACGUUUGGCAGUAGCCAUUCUUGUUCUACACAUGUUAUUAGCCCUGAUACACGCGGCGCUCGUUUUUCGGCACGGAUACACAAACAAUAUUCUCAAGUCACUCACUGAGAUUCUCGUACUUGCAAUCAACUCUCCGCCAUCUUCAAAUCUUGAUAAUACAUGUGCUGGAAUUGAGAGGGUUGAUACAUACAAAAAGAUGAUAAGAGUCCGAGAGGUAUCCUCCUCGCAUUUGGGAUUGAUUGUUGACGAUGACGGGGAUACUACCACUGAAGAGGUGAUGGCGGAUAAGAAGUAUGGAUGUCUACGCAAGAAGUGA